AUGACAGAAAAUUUAAAAGAAAAUAAUUAUAUUGACCUUACACAACCAACGAUUUUAAAUGAAUUAGAUUAUGAAAGAGAUGAUGAAAAAAUUUUUGAAAAUUUUAAAAGUUUUAAUAUUCAUGUAAAUGAAUGUAUUAAUAUUAUCGAUGAAAAACAGAAAGAUGAAGCAAAAGACGAUUCUCAGUUUGCUGAAAAUGACGGUCCAUCGGCAGAAAUCAAAAAGCGAGAAAGUUACCUUAAAGAAGAAAAAUCUGAAAAGUUAUCAAACAGACCAUUUAAUGAUAAUGAUAAUGAUAAUGACUCUGAUGAAAAUGAAUUUGAUGAAGGUUUUUUUUCCAAACUAUCAUUUGGAAAAUUCAAAGAUGAAGAUAAAGACCUUAAAAAAACUAAAAGAAUUGUGAAUAAUCCUUUGAAUGUUAAAACAAAACGCAAGAAAAAAGCUAGUAAAGUCAUUCCUUGGACCAAAGCUGAGGAAUGUCAACUUAUGCAAGCAAUAGAAACUCAUGGAACCAAAUGGUGUUUGGUAAGAGAAGCAAUGGGUAGCAAACGCGCUCCAUAUUGCUAUCAAAGUCAUUGGAAUGUAAUGAAGAAAAGAUGCUUGUGA